AAAUGUGUUCGAAGCAGGAAGCGGAGUUGUCGGACCUAACCGUCGAAGCGGAGGUUUUAGAUACGGAAGAAGUGGCCGUGGUAGACCUUCUCACCUCAUUUGGAUUAUCGUUAGAUGUUAUUGGUUUGUUCAUAGAUAACCGCUACACUCUCGAGUCGUUGAAAAUUGUGGAAAGGAAGGAGCUGGAGGAAUUAAUCCAAUCUCCACAUCUGGCUGAAAGAUCCAAGUGCAUUUUUGGGUUAAAUUCUUGGCGAGAGAAACAGGGAAUUCAUCCUGUCACAUGCAUAAAAUGUCAGCAUUCGUCAACGUCUGCUGCAGCUGACCUUCCACCGGAAAUAUCUCGUGAAAAGUGCACAGCCACUUAUUUGUUGAACACGUCUUCAAAAGGUCGCGGGAUUAUUGAAAAUUAUAAACAAACUGGUUAUCUGACCCGGACGAACAAGAAGGCUAUCACUCACAUCAUCAUUGACGAAUUCAAGGAUCGGUUUUCAAAAUUAACACCAGUUGAACUCUUGGGCAGGUCAUUGGAACUGAGCCAGAUAUUCCCGAGUGAACCACAGGAUACUUGGUACCAGCCUGCAUCAAAAUAUAGCAACGGUCAGACAAUCAAAAAACGCAAGGUGGCUAGAGGUUGCUUGUACGAUCGGAACGUGAACUAUAAAGGGUGUUCCAAACACUUGGCUUCGUUGACUGAGAGUGAAGGUUCCUCAUCACGGGUAACUAACGAAUCCAUCGAGAUUUUUUCGGAAAAUCAAUGUGCGGAAUACGAGAAUGUUAAAAAAUGGUUUUUGCAUAACAUCGAUGAAUGGGAGGAGUUAAAAAAAAGAUGGAAGUCAACUAGUGCGAUUCGAUUGUGGGAACUACUCAAGCUAUCAAUCCGGACAUGCGAAACCAUUUUGGCAGAAUAUCCUACUCUCAAUAACAGUUGUGGAUAUCAAUUGGUUCAAAUCGAUUUCGAGCAUAAGCAUCCGAAUAAAGUGACACUUCUUUUUGAGCGGUGGGCGAGUUUUCUAGAGGGGAUUCGUCCAAUAUUUGAUCUUGAAAUCUCCGAUGCAGAUGGAAGAGCAUUGUUGGAUUCAAUAGAUAAGGGGGAGUUAUCAGAAGACGUAUACGCUUGUAACAUUGGUCGAUGCAUGAGAAGAUUUAGCAUACGAUCAUCAUUUUUCAGACAUUUGAAAAAGCAUUUCACGCAAGAUCAUGCAGACAUUCGAAACGAGUGUAGUAACGAUAAUUCAAAUCCUUGUACGAGUAAGGUACAUUCAGAUCUAAUUGAAUAUGCUCAUGUAUCCGACAAUUCAUAUAAAUCGACGGAAAACGAAAUUGAACGUCAUGAUUCCAGUGACAUUAGCUCUAUUAUUAAUAAGUUUAAUGAAGUCUCUCUAAGUGGCAUCAAUCUUUCACUCAAAUGGUUAAAUGCUAACACAUUACCCAGAAAAACAGUGUUCUCUGUUCAACAUGAUAUUCAAAAACACAUAUUUAACCCAUUAAAUGAAAUGCUUUCAAGCCUAGAGAACACAGGAAGUAUAAGCGAAGAGAUAAAACUAAUGCUCAGCAAAUUAUUCAAUGUAUUUGAUGGAUUACACUCCGAAUAUACUUUUAUGCAAACAUUAAAAACAGCCGAUUUAUAUGAACAACCGCAAGAAUAUACGAUACCGAUUACGAAACAUCUCACUGAAUCUAAUCUUCUAGACGAGAAUAACCAAGUAAUGAAUACAAUCAAAGGGGUUUUAAUGCCGAUCAAGUUUCACCUGAGGAAAUAUUUGGAAUGCAACGAUGUCCUAAAAACAAUAAUUGAUCAUCUGGCGCCAUCUCGGGAUGGCAUUAUACGUAGUAUCGUAGACGGCACGAUAUGGCAACAGAGAAUAUUUGGCAUGUCAUCGAAAAUCAUCAUCCCAUUGAAUUUGUUUUGUGACGAUUUUAAUACUGGAGAUACCGUUUCACCACAUUCUUCUGAAACGUCGAUUUGUGGUAUUUACUAUUAUAUACCAUGUUUACCAAGUUAUGUUCUUGGUAAAUUAGUAAAUAUUCUCGUGGCAGGCUAUAUUCUCACACAGGAUAGAAAAACGUUAGAAAAUGAAGAUUUGUAUAACAAUUUGAUAAAUAUUUUUAUUGAUCUUGAGGAAAACGGUCUUGAAGUUCAUUACGAAGGCAAACUAAUAACGGUAUAUUUCAUGAUAGGCUUCAUAACAGGUGAUAACUUGGGUCUAUCCAGCAUCUUGGAUUUUGCAGAAUCAGCUCGAGCAAAUUAUUACUGCCGAAUUUGCAAACGAAAUAGAUUGGAGAGAGAAAAAGACACAAUUGAAUUUAAGGAUAGUUAUAGGACUACAGAAAACUAUGCCGAAGAUGUAGAUUUACAGGAUGUAUCACGCACUGGCUUGAAAAGAGAAAGUGUUUUUAACAAAAUUCCUUCUUUCCAUGUUACUUAUAAUUUUUACUUCGACGUUAUGCACGACCUAUGGGAGGGCGUUUGUAUAUAUGGACUCACCUUGGCGACUCAAUAG